AACCUUCCCCCCUAAAAUGGCUACCCGCAUCCAAUUCGAAAACAACAGCGAUAUCGGUGUUUUCAGUAAGCUGACGAACAGCUACUGCCUGUGCGCCAUCCAAGGCAGCACCAACUUUUACUCCGCGUUCGAGAGCGAGCUUGGGGAUGUCAUUCCGAUCGUGCACUCCAGCAUUGGUGGGACACGGAUCGUUGGCCGGCUAACAGCUGGCAACCGCCAUGGCCUCCUUGUUCCCUCCACGACCACGGACCAAGAGCUCCAACAUCUCCGAAACUCUCUCCCCGACGCCGUCGCGAUCCAGCGCGUAGAGGAGCGCCUCUCUGCGCUCGGAAACGUCAUCGCAUGCAACGACUACGUUGCCCUCGUCCACCCCGAUAUCGACCGUGAGACGGAGGAGAUCAUUGCCGAUGUCCUGAAGGUGGAGGUUUUCCGGCAGACGAUCGCGGACAACGUGCUUGUCGGAAGUUAUGCCGUGAUCUCGAACCAGGGCGGGAUCGUUCACCCGAAGACGAGCAUACAGGAUCAGGACGAGCUGAGCAGUCUUCUCCAAGUUCCUCUUGUGGCCGGAACCGUGAACCGUGGUUCCGACGUGCUGGGUGCGGGACUCGUGGUGAAUGACUGGUGUGCAUUCACCGGGCUUGACACGACGGCUACCGAAAUCAGCGUCAUCGAAGCGGCCUUCAAGUUGCAGGGCCAGAGUUCGGCAGCAGUCAUUGGCGAGAUGCGCGAUUCGCUCAUCGACAGCUGGGCGUGAACGUUCGUUCGGCGGACAUGGCUUCCGGGUUUCCUCGUGCGUUGUAUCGAUUCCGAUUCGUCCGUGUUGUGUUGCAUAUUGGGGGCAAGGUCAAGCGCAGUCUAGUCAUCAUGUAUCCCUACUACGAACUCUACGACACCAAUGUAGACGUAUGUUUUUUCUGCCGUCUCACAAAAACCUCUUACGAUCGAG